AGUAAACCUCUCGCUUGCGGUCCUGUGCUUUCAGGGACCGGGGGCUCGACCUCGUCGGUGUUUCCCGCCGCUGCUGAAAGCAGAAAAACCCGCUUCUUCUGUGUUUUUGAACCAAGUUGCUUCGGUCGGUGGGGGUUUAGCUGACGUGUGGAGAAGUUGAGACCGCUGGGGGAGCACGGAAACAAACAUAAACAAGCGGGGACCAGCUGAGCGCCUGCCCGAACCCAACCAGCAGCUCGGGGUAGAUGGCAGGGGCGCCGAACCCCCGUAUCUGAGCGAGGCUUGAGAGUGAGAAUUGCUCCAUGUCAACUGUCAACACGGGCACACAAAGAAUCCUGAAGCACGAGGAGGAGCAGCGGCAGACUGGAGGAGAAACCCCUCCGCUCCUGUUGUGAACACGGCGCUAGCAUGGACAGCCAUUGAGCUCACCUUUCCAGCUCGAACCCAACGACUGCUUAUUUCAGUGCGAGGCAACAGAGGUUUCGCUGAUCUGUGGCCCCUGGUGUCACAAGAGGAGAUAACAUGGCCCACCAGGCGACCCCCAGUUCCCAGAAGGCCCUGAUGAUGGAGCUGAAGUCCCUCCAGGAGCAGCCGGUGGAGGGCUUCCGCAUCACCCUGGUAGAGGAGUCUGACCUCUACAACUGGGAGGUGGCCAUCUUCGGGCCCCCCAAUACCCUGUAUGAAGGGGGCUACUUCAAGGCUCACAUCAAGUUCCCAGUUGACUACCCGUACUCUCCUCCCACCUUUCGCUUCCUCACCAAGAUGUGGCACCCAAAUAUUUAUGAGAACGGAGAUGUGUGCAUCUCCAUCCUGCACCCCCCUGUCGAUGACCCACAGAGCGGGGAGCUGCCGUCUGAGAGGUGGAACCCCACCCAGAACGUCAGGACCAUCCUUCUCAGUGUGAUCUCUCUGCUCAACGAGCCCAACACCUUCUCCCCAGCCAACGUGGACGCCUCCGUCAUGUUUCGUAAAUGGAGGGACAGCAAAGGCAAGGACAAGGAGUACGCAGAGAUUAUCAGGAAGCAGGUGAUGUCAACAGCAGCCGAGGCAGAGCGCGAUGGCGUGAAGGUGCCGACCACGCUGGCGGAGUACUGCAUCCAGACCAGGGUUCCCUCUCAGGACAGCAGCUCGGACCUCCUCUACGACGACCUGUACGAUGACGACAUGGAGGAGGAGGACGAGGAGGACGACGAGAGCGAGAUGGAGUCCAUAGGCGAGGCAGGGUGCAUGACCUCGGUGGAGGACGGCGGGACGUCCACCAGGCACUACGACAACCAGGACGACUCCGGAAACGAAGAGUCGUGA